AUGGAUGCCUUUUGCAGACUCAGUGGCCUGGACCCUCUAUGGGACUGGAACCGCACAUGGUACACGGCCAACCCAGACCUGACACAGUGUUUCCAGAACACAGUGCUGGUGUGGGUCCCUUGUAUCUACCUGUGGCUGCUGGCCCCUUUCUACUGUCUCCACCUCUACUGCCAUGACCGUGGGCGCAUUCGCAUCUCCUGCCUCUGCACUGCCAAGAUGAUGCUGGGCUUCCUGUUGGCCUCCUUUGGUUUUGUGGAGUUCUUCUACAUCCUGCUGGAGAGAAGCCAGGAGAUCCAGCAGCACAUGGUCUUCCUACUCAGCCCCAUCAUACGCAGCAUGACUGUGAUCCUGGCCCUCUGCAUCAUCCAGUUGGAAAGGAUAAGAGGCUGCCGUUCCUCUGUGUUCCUUUUCCUUUUCUGGCUCUUGGCCGUCGUCUGUUCUUUGGUGCCUCUCAGAGCAAAGAUCCAGCUGGCCAUGGAUGAGGGCAUUGCCUCUGAUAUUGUGCGAUACCUGGCCUUCUUCUCCUACUUCACAAUCCAACUGGCCCAGCUCUUCCUGUGCUGUUUUGCUGACCAGCCCCCAGAGGGAAAAACAGUCUUUGAAAAGAAUCCCUGUCCCGUGAAAGAUGCCUCUUUUCUGUCAAAGAUUCUCUUCUGGUGGUUCACCGGGCUUGUUGUGAAAGGAUAUCGUACGCCACUGGAAGCAGAGGACCUCUGGACCCUGAGAGAAGAAGACACGUCAGACAACAUAAUCUCCGACCUGGAAAAGCCAUGGACAGCCGAAUGCGCCAAACUUCAAAAGCAGGAGAAGGCCUUGGCGUCGGGUGUGGCACUGGGGAGCCGACUGCCAGACCAAGCUCAGCUCCUCAGAAAACUUCAGAAAGAGCAGAGCUCUGGCUUCUUCCUGUUCCGAACACUUGCACGCAAGUUUGGUCCUUACUUCCUGACUGGCACCCUGUGUAUCAUAUUCCAUGAUGCCUUCAUGUUCGCCAUCCCCCAGGUGUUGAGCCUCCUGCUGGGUUUCAUGAGAGACGAAGAUGCUCCGCUGUGGAAGGGCUACUUCUACGCCACCCUCAUGUUUCUGCUUUCCUGUCUCCAGUCUCUCUUCAACCACCAGUACAUGUACACUUGCUUCACCGUGGGUAUGAGGGUGAAGACUGCUGUUAUGGGCCUGGUUUACAGGAAGUCUUUGGUAAUAAACAGUUCUGCCAGGAGGACUUGCACAGUGGGAGAAAUUGUGAACCUGGUCUCAGCAGACACUCAGAAACUGAUGGACUUUGUGGUGUACUUCAAUGCUGUCUGGCUGGCUCCUAUUGAGAUUGCCCUUUGCCUCUUCUUCCUCUGGCAGCACCUUGGCCCAUCUGCGUUGGCAGGAAUUGCUACCGUCAUCCUCAUCUUCCCACUGAAUGGAUUCAUAGCUAAGAAAAGAAGCAAACUGCAGGAAGUCCAAAUGAAGUUUAUGGAUGGCCGCAUCAGACUGAUGAACGAGAUCCUGAAUGGAAUCAAGAUCUUGAAGUUCUAUGCCUGGGAGAAGGCCUUCCUCGAACAGGUUUUGGGCUACAGAGAGAAGGAACUCAAGGCCUUGAAGAAGUCUCAGAUCCUUUAUUCCAUCUCCAUUGCGUCCUUCAACUCCUCUUCUUUCCUUAUCGCCUUUGCCAUGUUUGGAGUCUACGUGAUGAUUGAUGACAGGAACGUCCUCGACGCACAGAAGGUUUUCGUCUCCAUGGCGCUGAUCAACAUCCUGAAGACGCCACUCAGUCAGCUUCCCUUUGCAAUGAGCACCACUAUGCAGGCUGUGGUGUCUCUGAAACGUCUGGGGAAAUACCUGUGUUCAGAGGAACUAAAAAUGGACAAUGUCACAAAGGCUCCUUUGACUUCUGAUGGGGAAGACGUGGUGAUAGACAAUGGCACUUUCAGCUGGUCUGCAGAGGGCCCUCCAUGUCUAAAAAGAAUCAAUAUUCGUGUGCCUCGUGGUUCACUGGUUGCCGUGGUCGGACAUGUGGGCAGUGGAAAGUCCUCUUUGCUGUCUGCCAUGCUCGGGGAAACAGAGAAAAGGAGCGGCAGUGUUACUGUUAAGGGCUCCACGGCAUAUGUGCCCCAGCAGGCCUGGAUACAGAACGCCACAGUCCAAGAUAACAUAGUGUUUGGCCAUGAAAAGCUGAAGACGUGGUACCAGCGUGUGUUGGAGGCCUGCGCCCUGCUGCCUGACCUGGACAUCUUACCUGCAGGAGAUGCCACAGAGAUUGGGGAGAAGGGACUGAACCUGUCAGGAGGGCAGAAGCAGAGGGUGAGCCUGGCCAGGGCUGUGUACAGGAGGGCUGACGUGUACCUGCUCGACGAUCCACUGUCUGCUGUGGACGCUCAUGUGGGUCAACACAUCUUUGACAAAGUCAUUGGGCCAAAAGGAGUGCUUAGAGACAAGACCCGCAUCCUGGUAACCCAUGGGACGAGCUUCCUGCCACAAGCCAACCUCAUCCUUGUCCUGGUUGAUGGAGAAAUUACAGAGAGCGGCUCCUAUCAGGAGCUCCUUAGCCGCCAUGGGGCCUUUGCUGAUUUCAUCCACACCUUCGCCAACGUAGAGCGGAAAGAAAAUGCCAUACAGAGAGCUGGUUCCAGAAGGUCCAAUGCUCGUCUUAGUAUGGUUGAUUUCAUGCCAUUCUCCAGAGACCUGUCACAGGAGCAGCUCAUUGGGGGUGACACCACUAACACUAACCUGCAGAAUAUGGAGCCUGUGUCUGAGGCGGAGCAGGAGCAGGUCCCAGAGGAGCUGGGCAAGUUGACUGAGGCUGACAAAGCCCGCACUGGAAGGGUGAGGCUGGAGAUGUACAUGGAAUACUUCAAGACCAUUGGCUUGGCCCUCAUCAUUCCCAUCGUCUUCCUGUACGCUUUUCAGCAGGGCGCCUCGCUGGCCUACAACUACUGGCUCAGCAUGUGGGCUGACGACCCCAUUGUAAACGGCACUCAGAUUGAUACAGACCUGAAGCUGACUGUGUUUGGGGCACUGGGCUUUGCACAAGGUAUUGCUGUCUUUGGUACAACUGUUGCCAUCUCAAUCGGCGGCAUCAUCGCUUCUCGCCACCUGCACAUGGACCUGCUGAACAACGUGCUUCACUCACCCAUGUCCUUCUUUGAGUGCACGCCCAGUGGCAACCUACUCAACCGCUUUGCCAAAGAGAUUGACGCCAUCGACUGCAUGAUCCCUGAAGGCUUGAAAAUGAUGCUGAGCUACGUCUUUAAACUCAUGGAAGUCUGCAUAAUUGUGAUGAUGGCGACGCCCUUCGCAGCCGUGGUCAUCUUGCCUCUCAGUUUCCUGUACGCCUUUGUGCAGAGCUUCUAUGUUGCCACAUCCUGUCAGCUGCGGAGACUGGAAGCUGUGAGCCGCUCACCCAUCUACACCCACUUCAAUGAGACGGUGCAGGGCGCCAGUGUCAUCCGGGCCUUUGGGGAGCAGUCCAGGUUCAUCCUGCAGGCCAAUAAGAGAGUAGACUUCAACCAGACGUCCUACUUCCCGCGAUUUGUUGCCACUCGAUGGCUGGCAGUCAACCUGGAGUUUGUCGGGAAUGGUGUGGUGUUAGCUGCGGCCAUCCUCUCUGUGAUGGGGAAAAACACUCUGAGCCCAGGCAUAGUUGGUUUGGCUGUGUCACACUCCCUCCAGGUGACUGGAAUCCUGAGCUGGAUUGUGAGAUCAUGGACUGACGUUGAGAACAACAUUGUUUCUGUGGAAAGAGUCAAGGAGUAUGCUGACACUGAUAAGGAGGCUAGUUGGAGUGUGGAGGGCAACUCCCUGCCCCUGGCCUGGCCCCAGAAAGGCACGAUAGAGUUUCAGGACUACGGUCUGCAGUACCGCAAGGGCCUGGAUUUGGCACUGAAGGGCAUCACCGUGCAUAUUCAAGAGAGAGAGAAAGUUGGAAUAGUGGGCAGAACAGGAGCUGGGAAGUCCUCUCUUGCCCUGGGAAUCUUCAGGAUCCUAGAGGCAGCAAAGGGAAAGAUCUUUAUAGAUGGUGUCGACAUCGCUGAAAUUGGACUUCAUGAUCUCCGAUCACGCAUCACCAUCAUCCCUCAGGACCCUGUGCUGUUCUCAGGCUCUCUCCGCAUGAACCUUGAUCCCUUCGACACCUACUCUGAUGAGGAAGUGUGGAGUGCACUGGAGCUCGCUCAUCUCAAGAACUUUGUCUCCAAUCUGCCUGACAAACUCAACCAUGAAUGCUCAGAAGGAGGGGAAAACCUCAGUCUGGGUCAGCGCCAGUUGGUGUGCCUGGCCAGAGCCUUACUGAGGAAAACCAAGAUCCUGGUUCUGGAUGAGGCCACAGCUGCUGUGGACCUGGAGACAGACACGCUCAUCCAAUCCACAAUCCGUACACAGUUUGAGGACUGUACUGUCUUGACCAUUGCCCACCGCCUGAACACCAUCAUGGACUACACAAGAGUAAUAGUUAUGGACAAAGGCCACAUCUCUGAAGCAGACUCUCCAGCCAACCUCAUCUCACAGAGGGGACAGUUCUACCGAAUGUGCCGGGAAGCUGGCUUGGCCUAG